CGAAGAAGGGAGAAAGACGGUGUGAGAUUGGACAGGGCUAGGCCGAGGGGGCGAUCAUGGUGGGCUUUGGAGCCCUGCGGCGUACAGGCCGGCUGCCCCCCUUUGUGUUGGUGGCGUUGUUAGUGGUGAUCGCCCUCCUGGCCUUAAACUACUGGAGUGUGUCUGCCUGCCAGGCCGCCUUGCAGGGGGAUCUGGUGGCUCUUCAGGAACAGGUUCAGCGCACGGAGGUAGCCCGGAGCCGGCUGGAGAAGCGCCAUUCUGAGCUGAUCGUGCAGUUGGAGGGCAACCGGCGGCAGCUGGAACAACGGCUGGGCGAAUUUCAGAAGAUAGGGGAUCGACUGCGGGCCCGGGACCUGGAGGCCCAGCGCUGCGAGGCAGACAGGGAGAAGCUGCUGGCCAAAGUGUCACUCCAGAUGGUAGAUAUCACUCAUCUGAAGGAACUGUUGCAUGAACUUCAUCAAGAAUUUUUGCGACAGGAGAAUCAGCUACUUGAGUACAAGAAAAAUAAUACCCUGCUGCAGAAGGCACUGAAGGAAGAGAGUAUACAAUGCCCUAUAGAGGAAGUAGCUGCUGCUGCCAAGAACUUUGCAUCUACUACAACAAAAGAAAAGCAGUGGAAGCCCUAG